UCUCUUGUUUCAGAACGCAAGUUGUUCGUCGGCAUGCUGAGCAAGAAGCUGUGCGAGAACGACGUCCGGGCGUUGUUCGCAGGCCAUGGCGCGAUCGAGGAAUGCACUGUGCUCCGGGACGCGGCGGGAAACUCGCGGGGAUGCGCGUUCGUCACCUUUGCCAGCAAGCAAAGUGCGUUGGGGGCCAUCAAGUCACUGCACCAGAGCCAGACCAUGGAGGGGUGCUCGGCCCCGCUGGUGGUCAAGUUCGCCGAUACGCAGAAGGAGAAGGAACUCAAACGGCAGCAACUGAUGCAGGCAAACGUGUGGUCCGCUCUGGGCGCCCCAGCCCUCUCGUCCCCGCCCGCCGCGCACCAGUCAUUCUCUCCGGUACUACCAUCGGCAGCUGCGGCGGCCGCGGCUGAAGCUAACACGCUGCAGCUGCUGCAGGCUAUGGGAGGAUCGGCGCUGCUACAACAGCAAUUGCUGCAAGCUGGUGCGGCAGAGAACCUCCUGGCGCCCAUCGGGGUAAGUAGCCCCGUAUCAGAGUACGAUAUGCAAAAUCUAGUGACCUUAGCGGCAAUGUCCCACCACCAGCCGGCGACUGCCGCCACUGCACCGCUCUGUCUCCUAAGUGGUGCAAACACUCCCGGCGCGGGGGCGGGCAAGGACUGUCGCGGAUCCACGACGCUAGGGAGCGCGGCAGCUGCUGCUGCAGCCGCUGCGGCAGCGGCAGCAGCGAAUCCAGCCGCGGCAGCUGCCGCACUAGCCGCCUCUGAGCUGUCAACGUACGGUUCGCUGUUAACCACCGCAACGAUCAACGCAGCGGCGCAUGCAGCUGCAGGGAAGAAGAUUGAGGGUCCAGACGGCUGCAACCUAUUCAUCUACCACUUACCCCAGGAGUUCACGGACACGGACCUGGCGUCGACGUUUUUACCGUUCGGCCCCGUGAUCUCGGCCAAGGUAUUCAUCGACAAACAUACGAACAUGUCCCGAUGCUUCGGCUUCGUCUCGUUCGACAACCCGCAGUCUGCGCAUGCAGCCAUCCAGGCCAUGCACGGCUUCCAGAUUGGGACCAAGAGGCUGAAGGUGCAGUUGAAACGGGCCAAGGACUCCGCGAGGCCGUACUAGCCCGCAGCGGACGGCCUGCCACCAGCGCAACAGCGCAGGCAGGUCGCGAAAGCACGACGCCUUACACGGGGGAGGAGAAGAAAACGAAGGAAAGAAAGACGGGGCGGCCAGACGACGACCAUGGAAUACGCAGGGAAAUCCGGAGUUUCCAAGAGGAAAGUUGGUGGUGUAAAACGCCACAGUCCGUCUCUGCGACGCCCCCUCCUUCGCCUACGCAAAUCCCACCACCGCCACAACCUAGGCCACCACCAAUGGUACAGCCACAGUGCAUAUCUCAGGAUCUAGCUGCUAUUUUUAUCGAACUGUGAGAUAUUUUUACUAGUUACAAAUUUAAAACAAAUGAAUCGCGUCGGCGCCUAGUCGCGAGCGCCACGUCACGCAACGUCACGUAACACGUGACGUUCGCGGCCGGGCCGGACCUGUAUAUUAUGUAAUUAUGCGUUGCACAGUGUUGCCAUAGCGACAUUUGAUUUUUGGAAGCCGUAGCAUGAGAUAUAUAUUUUUUACAAACAUCUUUCAGUGCAAAAUAUGGGGGUCUCAUGAAAAAUUCUAAUCUUGCGAGUCAUACGUAUUGGAAUGAAGGCGACAUGAAGAUAAAGAACACAGUGAAAGAUAUAAUAUCUAGUUGCAUCUUGAUGUACUAAAAAAGUAUGAAUUUUCGAAAAUGGUAAGCCUUUCAAAAAGCCUUGAAGUUAUCUGAAACCUUUGAAAGACGAAUAUUUUAAGGUUUAUAAAUGAAGGUUCCUUACUGAAAUUGUUUCACUCAAGUAAACCUGUUUGUAUGAAUUUUGAAUGACACUGUGCUGCGACACAAAUCGCUGUAAGUUGAAAUCACACUUAUUUUGUUUUGUGCUUUAGUGAAUAUUUCGUAGGGUUUGUCUAUUAUGCGACCACAAUCAUGUAGUAUUUCCAAACAACUUAAGCACCUCAUUGUGUCAUUAUUCAUACAUUUGUUGCUAUUCAAAUCACUAUCAUUAGCUUCUGCACAUCAAAAUAUUAUGUACAAAUUCUCUUUUCACCAUUGAAAUAGGAUGCUAUUCAAUCCACACUGUCACUGCUCAUCAGUGAAAUAUCAGAGGAAAGGUCGUACACACAUUUUUAUAAGUUUGAAACAACACGAAACAUGAUGUUUCUGAAGCGUUAUAAGAAUCAUAUCUAUGAUUUAAAUAACAGUACAUCAAGAAUAUCUGCAACACAAAAUUCAUUUCUUAAACACGCGUGUCAGCCUAAUUUUUCAAAAUGAGACGAUAAAGAAUCAUAAUGAAGCUAUGGACCACUGUGGCCGCAAUAUCUUUUUUAGGAAAAAUGGUGCCGUGGAGCAUGUCUUUCGUAUAGUCAUAGUAGGUGAUAAGUCCAAAUGCGAAUACAAAUGACAUUCUUAGCACUGUCUGACUUUCGAAUUUUGUGAUAUAUACGUACUUACUGGAUAGUGUGUUUUAUACGUGUUUGUUACCUCAUUAUAGUCCAAGAGCAUCAAUCAAUCAUCAAUUUAUUUAGUUACAAAAUUGGAACAAAAGAGGCAUAAUGAUUUUUUCCAAACAACACUUGCAAAUAUCAGUAAACUUGGAAAAAAACAACCAUUUGUGUAUUUUCAGAAGAAUUUAUAUAAAUAGGAAUAAAUUUUGUCUUCAGCACUCGAACAUUUGCAUUAGUUCGCCCACAUGCUGUAGCGGGUGGAAAAAUCAGCAUGCUGGUACAGUGCAGACUUUCCAUCUUUCAGAAAAUAAGUCAUCAAGCAGAGCUAUUCAAUAAUAAGAUAUUGAUGUUAUGAUUUUUUUUACUUAUUGCUCUAACAACAAUGCACAUGUUUUUAAUGCCGACUACUUAACAUACAUUAACUAAAACCCAUAACAUUCCUGCAUGUAUUAGUGUUGACCAGUUUUCAAGUUUUUUUCUUAUAAUCUGUGAAACAUCAAAAAUACUAGCAACUUUAGAGCAUUUUUUGUUUAGCGUGUCCUGCCACCUUGGCAACCAGAUUCUAAAAAAUAUUUUUAACAAUCCUUGAGUGAUAGCCAGCAAGUUUGUAAUAAACAAUCCCUUUCGGGUAACAUUUCUCAAAAGAUGCUCGUAAGCAGUUACUGCCAGCUACCUCAAGCGUGUUGGUAGGCACGCAGUCAAAAUAUGUAAAUAUACGUACUUACGGUUACAAAAAAUCUCAUUUGAAUGUUGUUGAAUGUGUCACGUUGCUGUUACUAAAACUGAAACCUGUUGCAUAAGCAAAGAAAACUAUCUUCAUGAAACGUCCCAACAGCACUAAACAGUUGUCACUCUAUUCCAUACUCAGGAAUAUGCAGCUUCGUGAAUCCGAGUUUGAUGAAACGAAGGUUAAGUUUCACUCUAUGUUCAUUUUGCGAAAGUCCUUCAACUAAGUCAAUUUUACAUCAAUCCUCAGUCGAUCAGUUGCAUGAAGCCAGUUUCUUUGCUAUCUAUCUUGUCUUAAGUGUACCAGGCCAUGUCAUAACUAGUUCAGGUUGUAAACAGCAGGAAUGGUUUGAUGGGUGUUGAGUGCAAUAAAACGAUUUUUUUUUAAAUCGUUAGCAAAAUAAAUAGAGGUUCAAACAAUAAGCCGGGCACGUCAGAAACAUAUACAGUUGAGGACUUCUACGGACACCCGGCCAUCGGCACUUAUCUCAUGAAAAAUUACUUGCAACCAUGCUCACCAACAGUUGAAGGGGCACCAGAAGAUUUCCUAUACGAUGAGCAAAACUCAAUGCACUAACUUGUACACCAGAAAACUGCUUUGAGAGAACUGGUGUGGUUUUCCCAAAAUGAUGUGGUAUUUUGUAUCCUUUAAGACCGGUUUCACAAUAUUUGGAAGCACAACAAAAUCAGUUACAUACAGUUAGUUGCCAGAUAAGACUUAACUGAAAACUGUGAAACCACUGAUUUGUAUGAAUGCUCAGUUUACUACAUCAACAACCACAGCUUACCAGACUUUUAUGUUUUACAACCUGGACUUAAGGUGUCUAGCUCACAACCACUGUCCACGCUUGGGCUGCAAUAGGCCAACCUUUGUUGUAAUGUAAAGUAACUAUAUGUAUGUUUUUUACUUAAUGUAAGUCGACUUUAGGGCCAGUAUACUGCUGAGAUGUCCCGGUAUUCGCAAUACAGUUCGUAGCCAAAAAUUAGAUCGAUAAGCAUGCUCCACAACGCCGUUAUGACAAACUACGGAUGACGAGGAUGUUGAAAAAACUAAAUGUUUGUUUUUAUAAAAGUUAUAGUACGGUUUAUCUGUCAAAAUAUGUUGGUCGAAUAGUCACCUCUUAGUAUAUAUUUUUAUUUUGUGUUUUGUUUUCGUGGCGCUGUCAGCCUGUCAUAUAGACUACAUCCUCUGUUGUUUGGUUUAUUCCUUAGGCCAUAUAUGUAAAUGUUGAGUUUCGUUUUAUCUUCUUAUUUUUUGGAGUCUACAAUUUUAUUUUAGUGCCCUUAAUUUAUAUACAUCAGAAGCAUGUAUUGAAUUGUACCUUUAUUUUCUAUUGUUAUUAAACCAAAGUUAUUAGACCAAAUA